AUGGCUCCGAACGACCGACCAGCCAUGACGGGCGAAAUUACUAUUGAGCCUCGACGCUCGUUAACCUUAGGACCGGACGAUAUCGAUAUUCCUCUUUCCGAUUUCUCUGGUCAUCUCGGUCCCGCUACCGGCCCCGAUCGAGAUAUCCCCGAAUGGGAGCUCAUCCCCGAAUAUGACAUUCCGCUAUCCGAAAUAAUGGAUGAUAUCCACGCCUCGCCGUUUGAAGAAUACUUGCUCUAUGUUGAACGAAGCGUGGAGAAUUUGUACUUUUGCCUUUGGCUCAAACAAUAUACCCAGACCUACCGGGACUGGGAGCGAAGGCAGCCUAUGCACCCUUCCGACUCGGACUUUGGAAACCCGAGCACUUCAAUAUUCAAACGACCCACCGACCGCGACCGCACCCAGUCCAUCAACGUCCCUCUCGCCAAUUCAUUCCAGCACGCCAAGUCUUUGUUCUUCGACGCAUCCUCCCAGUACGAACUGAAUGUGACCGAAGAUAUGAUCGAUCCGAUUCGGCAGUGGGUCAAACCCCCCAAGAAAUCCACGCCCGGGAAGAAGGCCAGGAGGAGGGAAGCCUGGGAGGACAGCCCCGAGACCGAGCCUGACACCACCGGUGUUCACGAGGUCUCGUUUGUUCACCCCCACCCUGAUGCGUUCCAGCGCGUCCUGACCGAAAUUGAAGGCACACUCCGACAAUCUCUCACCCGGUUUUUUCAGUUGUCGUUCACAAACUCGGGGAGGUCCCACGACAAACUCGGGUAUGGAGUAUGUGAUCCCGAUGCUGUUGGUCGCCUGGACUAUAGGGCUAUCAACUUACAAUGGAGGCCGUUACCUCGACCGACCCAAUCAUCCGACCCAAGCGUGUUCACCGCCCUCGCAAGACCAGCCGGUUCCCAGCUAUUCGUCGUAUCUUGGGAGCCAGAGGUCGCAAAAGGCAGCGCCCACAUUUCCAGCCGGAUCUUGAGCAUGGCAUGCCGCAGACGACCGGGUUUGGGUUUCGCGUUGAAGCCGAACCGGAUCAAGAAUCUUCAUUUGGGAAUUUGCACGAUACGCUGGAGCCAACGACGCCUCUCCCCACCCCCUACACCCGCAUACAUCCCUGGGAAAGACUCGACUAUUUCGGUCCACCGUCUGGGCGAACAAAUGCACAAGCAUCCCUGGACGCCCACUUCUGCUGCUUAUGGAGGAUUCGACAUACAUGCGCUCCACCCACAGAUCUCUUCCCGUCGUCGUCGUCGCCCCCACGUGGCUCAGUGCGCCUCGAACCAUUCCAAUACAAGCCCCCAGUCGUGCGAAACAGAGGUGGAGCUUCCGGACCAAGACGAGCUUGCUCGGUCCCUCAAUCUCGACCUGGGCGAUCCUCGGGCAUUGGGGCUGUACGGUCAUAUGGUGACGAUACCCAAUCCAAUUGUUCGCCAUGUCCAUCGAGAGAUAUUCGUUCGUGCUUGGUGGAUGGCGGUUGCGGUCACUAUUCCCAUUAUGGUUAUAUUGCUGGUAAUUCCUUAA